AUGGGGCGCGUGCAUCUGCGGUGCCUGCAGCAGUGGAUCGAGCGGCGGCGAAUGGACGGCUGCGAUCACGACGCGCUCACGUGCGAAGUUUGCCGCUCGCCGUACCGCCUUCGCAUUCACGAGAGUGAGUCGCGCAACAGCACCUCGUGGAAAAGAAAGGAGGAAGCGUCGCUUACUAUCUUUCCCAUCCUCCAUGUUCUCAGCUUCCAUAAUCUCUGGCUAGAACUGACCUGGGAGCGCCUGUGCUCGUAUGCGUCAAUCUCCCUUUAUGCUGAGUCCUGCACCAUCUGCGCCACCCUCGCUUCCAUGUUCUUCCUUCCUUGCCCACCCAUUCACCCCCCCCUUUGGCUCGACCUCACAUGGGAGCGGCUGUGCUCGUAUGCAUCCAUUUCCUUUUAUGCUGAGUUCUGCACCAUCUGCGCCACCCUCGCUUCCAUGGUCUUCCUCUUCUUCCUCAUUGUCAUCGGCGACAGUGAUGAGGAGGGUAGGGAGCUGAGUCUAUUCGCAGCAGUGGUGGUGGCAGCAUGUGUGAUCACCCUCGGCAUUCUCACUCUCUUCAAGGUCACCUUCAGGUCACCUCCAAGUGGCGUCAAGCCAUCUCAGUGCCACUCCUGCCUCUCCUGUCCACCUGCAUUUACUCACUCCACCCUCCAACCCUCUCCCCUCUCUUUCCCAUCUUCUCUCUCCCUCCUCAUCCCCCCCCCGACAGGUCACCUCCAGGUGGCGUCAGGCCAUCUCAGUGCCACUGCUGUCACCCCGGGGACCUCUCUCCCCACCCAUACCCUCCUCGCCCCGCCUCUCGUUGUGCCAGAGGAAGAAGUAGGACCUCCUGCCAGAGCAAAAUGCCCUAUUCCCGACGACGGCGAGUGGUUCUUCUUCACAUCCCGCGACCUCAAGUACCCAUCGGGGUCCCGAUCCAACCGCGCCACAACAGCUGGGUACUGGAAGGCCACUGGGAAGGACAGGCCAGUGCAUGUUCGCCUCACAGGCAGCAGCGGUGGCAAAAGGGACCAGACAGUCAGAGCAGGGUUUAAAAAGACGCAUGUCUUCUACAUGGGGCGAGCGCCAGGAGGGGACAAGACUGAUUGGGUCAUGCACGAGUACCGACUGUCAGAGGAUUCACCUGAAGCUGGACCUGUUGACGUGGCACACGCUACAGCUGCAGCAGGCAGCUCGAGCCCCGGAUUAGCUGCACACACUGCUGCUGCAAAUGAGAGCAUGACACCUGGUGUGACUGCAGCAGGUGGCCCUGCGGCAGGCCAAAACGGCAGCAGAGAAGAUCAACUGACCUACCCAGACACUAGAGGUCCGGGAGCUGUGAGUGGUGCUGGUGGCGCUGCUGCGGGUGAUGCAGGUGGUGUGGGUGUUGCAGCUGGUGCAGGAGGGGAUGCCGAUGGUGGGACAGCCAGGAGCAACAGCAGCAGCAACAGCAGCCCCAAAGCCAGCAGUCCAGACUGUCAAGUGAAGCUCCUUGACCCUCCGGACUCUGCUCGGAAGAUCGACGUGGCUAGCGGUGCUGCUGAUGGCAGUGCUCAGAAGGUCGACGUGGCAAGCGGUGCUGCUGAUGGCAGUGCUCACAAGAUCGACGUGGCAUUGUGGCUGGUUGUGAGGGUGUUCAAGCGAAGCUCCCUGACGGCUGAGGAGCAAGCGUUAAUGCCGCAGCAGGGAAGGGUGGCACGACAAGCCGUGGUAGCACAACAAGCAAUGGACGUGCAUCAAGCAAUACUAGUGCAGCAGCAGCAGCAGCAGCAGCAGCAGCAGCAGCAGCAGCAGCAGCAGCAGCAGCAGCAGCAGCAGCAGCAGCAGCAGCAGCAGCAGCAGCAGCAGCAGCAGCAGCAGCAGCAGCAGCAGCAGCAGCAGCAGCAGCAGCAGCAGCAGCAGCAGCAGCAGCAGCAGCAGCAGCAGCAGCAGCAGCAGCAGCAGCAGCAGCAGCAGCAGCAGCAGCAGCAGCAGCAGCAGCAGCAGCAGCAGCAGCAGCAGCAGCAGCAGCAGCAACAGCAGCAGCAGCAGCAGCAGCAAGGUCAGACAGCCCCUUUCCAGGGAGUAAAUCAUUGGUCAUUGGGGCAGCAGCAAAGGAGCGGAGCAGAGCAUCAUUCAGGGAAUGCUGGUGCGGCUAGGUGCGCAGGUGGGGAUGCUGAUGAAGCAGGAGCUAGGAAACCAAAUGGGGCUAGUGGUGUAACUAAAACUAGCAGCACUGGUGGUGCUGGUGGUGUAGCUAAAACUAGCAGCACUGGUGGUGCUGGUGGUGCUGGUGGUGUUGGUAGUGCUGGUGGUGUAAGUGGCGCAAUGAGCACAGGUGGUGCUAGUGGUGACGAAGGAAGUGCAAGUCAUGCAGGAAAUGUUUGGAGGGAGCAGGGAUUUCAAACGGGGGUGAGAGGGACAGCAAGUGAAGGGCCUUUGGUGGUUCAGGUAGGAGGUUACGCAGGGGGCACUGGUGGUGUGGGAGGAAGCGAGGUAACAGGGGUGUAUGGGAAGACACACAGGGAGGAAGCUAUGGCAC